AUGUUCUCCAACGCGCUGAAGUCGUUCACCUCGAACAUAUCCAGCAACUACACCCUCAGCCCACAGCCCACCUCGUACUCGGGGCCAUGGAAGAUAUACGAUGCGAAGAAGAAGUCGACAGGGAAGGCGGCGUCUGUCUUUGUCUUUGAGAAGAAGUCACUAGAGCCGCAGGGUGGGCCGGGUCUUGGUGGGCGCUCCGGCGCAUCAGCACUGAAGCGCGCACAUGAGGAGGUCGUGGAGAGGCUGAAGAAGGAAGCCAACUCGCUGGCGCGACUGCGACAUCCCAGUGUUCUGGAGCUGGCUGAGCCGGUCGAGGAGACGCGCGGAGGUGGCCUCAUGUUCGCCACGGAGCAUGUGACGGCGUCGCUGGCAGGCCUGCUGCUGGAAAAAGACGAGCAAGAGAAGGCUGGAGGUGUGGGCGGGCGCAGUAGUCGCUACGUCGUGGAGGAGUCUGACGGUCAGAAGCGGAGGCGCGAAGUCGAGAUUGACGAGUUGGAGAUACAGAAAGGGCUGCUGCAAGUAGCCAAGGGGUUGGAGUUCCUGCACGAGAGUGCUGGCUUGGUACAUGCCAACUUGACACCAGAGGCUAUCUUCAUCAAUGCUAAAUCGGACUGGAAGAUCUCAGGUCUCGGCUUCUCGACACCGCCAGAGAACUCGACAAAGCCCACAUCAGUAACGCCAAUAUCUCUCUCUGAAGUCCUGAACUACGACGCGCGACUGCCACGGCAUGUCCAGCUCAACGUCGACUACACCUCUCCAGACUUCGUCAUGGACGGCAACGUAACACCAGCAGCAGACAUGUUUAGUCUGGGUAUGCUCAUAAUCGCUCUCUACAACUCACCACACAAGAGUCCGCUGGACUUCAAUGGGAGCACAUCUUCAUACAAGAGAGCCUUCUCAUCAUCCUCAUCAGUCCCGAGCAAAACUAACAACUUCAUGUCGGCGCAACCAUUGCCGCGAGAUGUUAGUAGCGGCGUCCUCGAUCGCCUGAUCACCAGACGGCCUGCGCAGCGCCUAAACGCUCGAGAGUUUCAACAAGCAAGUUACUUUGACAACGUGCUAGUAUCUACCAUUCGCUUCUUGGAUUCACUACCCGGUAAAACACCCAACGAGAAGUCUCAGUUCAUGAAAGGCCUACCAAAGAUUCUCAUUCAGUUCCCGAAAUCGGUUCUGGAGAAGAAGAUACUCCCCGCUCUACUGGAGGAAAUGAAGGAUCGCGAGCUCCUCACACUAAUACUACAGAACGUGUUCAAAAUCGUCACAGUGCUACCGUCAGGGAAACGAGCAUUCACAGAUAAAGUCAUACCAAAGCUGCGAGAGACAUUUCUAUCUACACCGGCACCAAGCGCGAAAGGAGUAGCCCAAGAACGAGAUAGCUUGAAGGAAGCCGGUCUCAUGGUACUCCUUGAGAACAUGCAGACUGCCGCCGAAAACUCGAGUGGAAAGGAGUUCAAGGAAAACAUACUGCCUAUCGUCAACUACGCGCUCGAGUCACCUACACACUCCUUGGUCGAUGCCGCCCUCCGCACCUUGCCCGUUGUCCUACCGAUGCUCGAUUUUUCAACCAUCAAAAACGAACUCUUCCCUGUGAUAGCUGCCAUCUUCGCGAAGACAAGCAGCAUGGGUAUCAAGAUACGUGGGCUUGAGGCGUUCAAGACUUUGUGCGGCGGUGGAGGGGAGGAUUCAAACGACCUUCAGAGCGAUGGGCUGACCGGAAUGGUACAUGCACCGAAGGCGAAGAGCUCCAAUGUCUCUAUACUGGAUAAGUACACGAUACAGGAGAAGAUUAUACCGCUACUUCGAGGUAUCAAGACCAAGGAGCCGGCCGUUAUGAUGGCCGCUCUCGAUGUCUUCAAAGCAAUCAGCAACCUACUCGACAGCGAUUUUCUCGCCAUGGACGUUCUGCCUAUAGUAUGGCAGUUCAGUCUAGGGCCACUACUCAACCUCCCCCAAUUUCAAGCCUAUAUGAGCUUGAUAAAGUCAAUGUCAGCGCGCGUCGAAAACGAGCAGACCCGCAAGCUACAAGAACUCGGCACAGGCAACACAAUCACCACCUCACGCAGCGAGUUCAUGAGCUUCGGCGGCACAAGUACCAGCAACGGCCUCGACUCGUCCUCCAACGGAAACGGAGACACAGACUUCGAAGCACUGGUGCGCGGCGGCAACCAAGGCACAGCUGGUGGCAGCGACAUGCUCGGCGGCGACCCGUGGGCAAACGCCUCCACAGUCUCCGUCUCCUCCUCUUCCUCCCGCCCACCCAAUAACCGCGCACAAUCAACAAACAACGCAUCACCAGCCGCGACCUUCUCAUGGUCCAGCGCGCCCGUUUCCCCCCCGCCACAGCUCACAAAUCUAUCCGCUCCAAACGCACAAAGUCGAACCAUCACGCCAGACAACACGCUCCACUCGCUCAACUCGUCCUUCCCCGCCAUGAACCCACUGAACCCCGGAAUCGGCAGCCCGUCGUUCAUCCCGCCCCAACCCAUGGCACCACCCCUAACAACGCCAUCCUACAGCCCCCAAACCACAGGUCUAGAUUGGAGUAAAUCCACCACUUCUUCCCUGUCGUCAAAUACAUGGGGAAAUACCACCCCACAGCCCAACUAUGCGUCCAGCAAUCUCUCCACCUUCACAUCCACACCUACGCAAGGCCAAGGCCAAAGCAAUCCCUAUUCAUCCUUCAGCAUCGCGCCCCCGCCCCUCAAGUCGACGAAUAGCAGUCCGUUUGGUAUCGCGCCCCCGCCGAGUACGGGCACGUUUAGCAUCGCGCUGCCGCCGAUGGGGGGGAGGUCGCAGAGUGGUGGCGCGGGACUGAGUAUGGCGAGUUUGAGGGCGCAGACGCAGAAACAGGGGAGACCACAACAGCAGCAGCAGCAGCAGCAGGGGGGUAAUUGGGGGAGUGGGGGCGAUAGUCUGAUAUAG